GUGAGUGCGAGACUGUUUGACGCGCUCCGACGUGCUCCGCGCUCUUCCCGCUCGCUCUGUUGACGCCCGCAGGAGCCCACAAGGACGCGAUAAUUUGCGAUUUGUCCGCAACCAGCGUCGCGGGGAGCUUUUCCUGCAGACGGCGUCACGUGACUUCGAGUGCCUCUAGUGUGCGUUGUUUACUUUUUUCGCGAGGGGAUCGGCGGGGACGCUCGCCCUCCCGGUAAUGUUUUGGGUGUAGCGGACACCCUGUGUUAGUGUGGCUAGUUCCGGAGCAUCUACACUUCGCACCUUUCCCCUCGCCGCGCAGUCCGCUUCGGUCGGCCCGCCGCGGCUUCACCACGCGUCCAGCACUGCACAUCGAGGCACGGUACAAAGAAAAGUUUCUGAGGUGCGGGUCAGCUAAGUGCGCCGCCGUGUGGUUUCCUUCUGCUUCUUAGUCUGUGUUGGCGCGGUCCAGUUAUGACAGCAGCGAUUUUGAAGUUAUGACGCAUCGAGUGUGAAUGGUUGUGUCUCGCGGAUAACAUAGUAUACAGAAAUGCUCCAGGCAGUGAUUAUAUCGAUACGGCAGCCUCUGUCGCGAAGCAGGUAACUGAAGAUGAACUGGUGUAGUUGUUGUGUUACAGUGUAGUGUUGAGUCAGUGUAAGUGUUGGCUGUAGGAAGAGGUCACAUGGUAAGCUCCGUUAUGGUAACUUAGUACGGUCAGACGCCAGUAGUGUAGUUAGUGAGUUGCCACCUUGAUCAAGAGUAAACUGUGCGUGUGACGCUAGUUCGCCGUAAGUUGCCCACACGCUUGUGCCCUUCCUGCUCAAGUCCAAGCCUCAAGAUACGGCCCAGUCUCUCCAGGAACCGCUGCUGCUCCUUGAAGUGCGAGGCAUGAAGGGCGAGGACGAGUAGCGUGCCGGUGCGUGAACCAUGCACGUCCCAGCGGGCGUGCAGCCGUGCCCGUCAUGCUACGCCUACUGUGUUCCCCGGGCAGCAUGCCCAGGUGGUAUCCCACCGCCUCCACCUGUGCCGCGGCACGCCCACCCACCUGUCAGGCAGAACAGCCCCCAUGGCAGCCCAGCGAACAGCCCUCACCACAGCCCCCACCGCACCCAGCCGCGGCCCAUGGGCCACCCUCCGCCGUGUAACCACCAGGGGCUGUACGGCGGCCUUCGCUUCGGCUCCCUCCCUCACUCGCAGCCCGUGCCCAAGGUGCCCCCCCACUACAAUUCCCUGCCCCACCAGCAGCCCCCUCCGCCUCCCCCGCCCUCGCACCAAGGGCCUUGCCAUCCUCCUCCUCAUUCCUUCAGCCACAAUGAUAUUCCUCCUCCUCCCCCUCCCCCACACGCCUCCCUUCCUCCAGGUCGCCCUCACUUUUUCCAGCAGUCGCGUUUCCAGCACCUCCCCCCGCCGGAGGAGUCCCCCCCACCCCCGCCCCCUCCACACGGAUCACACCCUUGCCAACAUCGCCACCCCCUCCCUCCCUCUCACCCUCAGCCUUUCUAUGGCAACCUGCAGCCCGGACUUCCCCCACACGUGCAGCGCGCUCAUCCCCCACACUAUCAACAGCCCCCACACCCACAGCCCUACCACGGCAGUUUGCACAAGCAGAGCAACAACCACCACCCCGCCUCCACCACCAGUACUUACUCCUCCUGCUAUCCUCAGCUCCCUCCUCCGCGGCCCCCGCCCCUCCCGCCGCCACUCCCACCCCCGCAGCCCUUCAGCCAGCUGCGAUAUGGGUGCCUACCCCAUCAGCAGCUGGUGCCACCACCACCUCCACCCCUGCAGCUCCAGCAUCAGCACCACCUCCAACUCCACGGCUGCGGUCCGCCCCACUUCCACCACCGGAUCCUCGAACUGACCGGGCCUGUAUGUUCCCCGGUGAAGGUAGAUCGUCCAUAUUGCGGUAAGGGGCCGCCGUCAAACCGGGGCGUGGGUCCGGGCAUCACCAAGUCUUACAGCGUCGAGGGCGCGGCGCCCCCCGUCCCUCCCCACCAUCUCCACCAUGGGCCUCCUCACCACCACCAUAAUGGGAGCCUCAUCCGCCGACCUCAGAUGCCACAGGCAGUAUCACAGUCGAGCGGGGUGGGCAUGGGCGGGCGAAGGCAGGCGCCCCGGGGGGCGGCGGCAGAUGACAGCAGCAACCGUGGCGGGCGGUGGCGAGGCAGUGGAGCGCCCGGCACCGGCCACGGAUAUGAACUCUCACAAGAUCUUGCAGAUAUGCGUCUGGAGAUGCUGGAACGCAGGUAUGGUGGUGAGGUAGCGCGACGGGCGGCGGUGACCAUCCAGAGAGCCUACCGACACUAUGCCAUGUACAAAAAGUUCCGCUCCAUCACUGCCACAGCCAAAGCACAGGAGAAGCGCCUCUCACGGAGGUUCACCGUGGACGUGCCCGAGUGGAACGACACCUCCAAUCAGCACUAUCACGAUGCGGAACACUUUAUCCGCUCAGAGUUCGAUCAGCUGCAGAGAAAUCUGAGUGCCACAGUGUACGGCGAGGGAAGACGGCCCGCCCGGUCGCUGUCCCUGCGCGACACGCCAAGGACGACCACCCCGGCCACCUCCACGACUUCCUCGCGAAUACAGCAGGACAACCAUGACCUUCACGACACGCUGGCGGCCAUGAAUGACAGUUCCCUCUACUGUCAUGUGUCAGCUCACUCUCCUCUCACGCCGACCUCCACGCCCACCCCAGCGCCCACGCACGCGAGGAACGGCUCCGGUGACUACCAGCACCAGGGCGACGUCGCCUCAUACGCCUCCUCCAGGGAUAUCAAGUACAUCUCGUCGGACGAGGGUGGCUUCGGAAGUCAGGACAGUGCAAAUAUGGCCCGUUUGACGGUGGUCAAUCAAAGGCGAGGAGUUGGGCGUGGCAAGAAGAUUCCGCCAGAGGUCCCCCGACGCUCGUCUUCCAUCAAGUCCAGCGAGAGCAGUGGUAGUGUGGACAGUGCUGCGGCGCUAUCAACUGCCAACCACAGAGUACAGUGUCAUCCACCAUCUUUGACACCACCUUCAUCUACUCCCUCGUCCCUCACUUCGGAAGGAGGACACAGUGACAGAGGCGCACUUAGAAGGUCUGCAGACAAUGGCUCUCUGUCCAGCGUUCAGUCCUCAGGCUCGGACUCUUCACUGUCUCAAUCCACGUCUGAUCGCGCUACUCCUCUAUCAACCCAUGACCAAGUUGAUAAUUCAGACUACCAUCCCACUUCCCCAAUAUGGAAGCGCAAGAAUCAGCAGAUGAGCACAAGCGAGGUCAUCUAUGACGAUAAGCGGUUGAGCAACAUCAGCGAAAACUCAGAAGAUUCCCUGCAGUCCCAUUCCUCGGAAGGAAUGACUUACUCUCAAACCAUCCCCUCACAGAUCCCACACUCUGCACGCUACGCUCAUGCUCAUUAUACCCAUACUCCUCACAUGCCCAAGGUGCCAGAAGUUGUUCGAAAGAGACAAUAUCGUGUUGGCCUGAAUCUCUUCAACAAGAAACCAGAGAGAGGUGUGACCUAUCUGAUAGGACGAGGCUUCUUAGAAAAUUCCCCUCAAGCUGUAGCCAAAUUCUUAUUAACAAGAAAAGGUUUAAGCAAGCAGAUGAUUGGAGAAUAUCUUGGCAAUCUUCAGAACAGCUUUAACAUGGCUGUACUUGAGUGUUUUGCACAAGAGAUCGACCUGUCAGGUAUGCAGGUAGAUGUGGCUCUGCGUAAGUUCCAGACACACUUCCGAAUGCCAGGAGAAGCACAAAAGAUUGAACGCCUCAUGCAGGUGUUUGCUCAGCGGUAUUGUCAGUGCAACAGAGACAUUGUGGCAAAGCUAAGAGAUCCUGAAACCAUUUUUGUCUUAGCUUUUGCCAUUAUUAUGCUUAACACAGAUCUUCAUACUGCAUCCAUGAAACAAGAAAAGAGAAUGAAGCUUGAGGACUUUAUUAAGAAUUUGAGAGGUAUUGAUGAUGGGUAUGACAUUGAGCGUGAAAUGCUGGAAGGAAUGUAUCAGCGUAUCAAAGCCCAGGAGUUCAGACCUGGCCAUGAUCAUGUUACCCAGGUUCUAAAGGUACAACAGACUAUGGUAGGUAAGAAACCAAACUUGGCUCUACCUCACCGUCGCCUUGUUUGCUACUGCCGACUUUAUGAAAUUCCUGACAUCACCAAGAAGGAGAGAGUAGGAGUCCACCAGCGUGAAGUCUUCCUCUUCAACGAUCUGUUGGUUGUUACAAAGAUUUUCUCCAAGAAGAAAAAUUCUGUCACAUACACCUUUAGGCAAAGCUAUCCUCUUGCUGGUCUUGUGAUAUCCACAAAGGAGGUGCCACAUUAUCCAUAUCUCAUGGAAGUACGUCAAAGAGUUGAUAACAAAGUCUUGAUUAUUUUCAAUGCGCGGAAUGAGCAUGAUCGCACCAAAUUUUGUGAGGAUUUGAAGGAGAGUGUAUGUGAAAUGGAUGAGAUGGAAUCUUUAAGAAUUGAGGGUGAGCUGGAGAAGCAAAAAGCUUCUUUGAGGGCGUCACGGCCCAACUCGACAACUGAGAACAGAGACUCCGGUGUUGCUGAUAUGGAACUAAUGACUACAAAUGAAAAGAAUGGAACAUUGAAAUCAGAUUCCACUCUGAAGAGAUCAGCUCUAAGUAACUCACUAUUGGACAUCCAUGAGGCUGAAGGUGGUGGGCGGUCAGUGCGUCGGGGCAGUGUUGGCUCCCUCGACUCUGGCAUGUCUGUGUCCUUCCAGUCCACUAGUGCCUCCAAUGAAACGUCUCCUGCCAGUGGUCCUCAACAACCUGUCACCACCAGUGCCAGCCAGGGAGACCUACAACAGCAACAGCAACGGCGUUCUCUGACCUCAAAUUCAUCCUUCCUUGGUCAACUGUUCAGACCUCGUAGAACCUCACGUCCUGAACUAAAUAUGUCAGGAGUGGAGGUGUGACAGUUACAUGAGCAACCUCAUUUUUCAUCUUCCACAUAGGCAUAGAUGAUCAUGGGCAAGUCAGGUUGUAUCUAGCCAUAUUCUAGUCUUUCAAGUGUACACACAUGCAUUCCAAAUGGAUCAGUGAGGAUGAAGAAGCCCAGACCAUCUAUUCUGUAACUUGUCCUGCGUACCUCAUACUAUGUAUGUGUACAGAGGCAUUGGUACUUAUGUAAUUUAGUAGCUGUUAUAAGAAACUAAACAAAUUAUACAGUGCCAUUUAGUCAGAUGUAGUCACACGUAUAUAACCCUGUGUAAAAUACAUUGUAUAUAAGUCAUGUUAAAAUAAUAAUCUGUGUAAUAUAUACCUAAUCCCACACUUAAAUAAGUAAUUGAACUUGUCCCAGACUGAGGCAUCUAUGUCUCCAGGCAUUUUAGCAUAGCAACUGCUAGUCUAAAGAUAUCAGGAUUUCAAAGGAUAUCCAGAAUAUAAUUUAUAAUUUUAUUCAGUGUAAUGUGUGCACAACAGUUAAUGCAGAUAGCAAGGUACAGUUUAGUUUAAUUUAAACUGUAUACUUCAUUGUGGAAAUUGACCUCUAGUCAGCACACUGAUUCUGUCAGAUGUUUGAUGCUUCAUAGGCAAAUUGUUGGACUGGCUUGACCUUUUGCAAUGUACCAGAUUACUGAUAUUACCAUAAUAAAAACUCACAUAUAACAUUAUUGUACAUAUGGGAUAUAUUGUUAUCAUUUUGCCAGCUUGAUGUACAGGCUGUCUUUCUAUGACAAAUAAAGAUUAUGAUGCAAAAAUAUA